ACUGAAACUUCAAACGCCGCACUCCCACGGUCGCACGGCCACGCGACGGCUACUCGCUUUCUCCUCGUCGCCGAAAUGCUCGCCGUCUCCGGCUCUCCCCGCUUCCCCCUUCCAUUCCUCCCCGUCCCGAACCCCCGCCCUCCUAUCGCCUACCACCUCCGCCGCUACUGCCUCUACAGACACCGCUUGCGCCGCCAAUGCCGCGGCGGCGGCCUACCCCUCCGGCAUCUCUGCGCCGUCGCCAGGCGACCCACGGGCAUCGUGAUCGACGUCGACAGGGUGGACGAUGUCGGCGACCGGGACCUCCCCGUGGACAUAUCAUUCGUCCGGAGGCUCCCGCCGGCGCUCACCCUAGCGGACGGCAUUGCCACGCUGCGCCGGGCCGCCCAGGAGGUGAAGGCCAGCCCGCCUGCUGUCGGGAGCGGCGUGAUCCGGUUCGAGGUACUUGUUCCACCUGGUACGAAGGCACUCAAGUGGUUGUGUUCUCAGUUUAGGGGAUCAUCAUUGUUCCCUCAGUUCUAUCUAUCAAGGAAGCUGAGCUCCGAUCCACCCAUUGAACUUCAAAUAUGUGGCGUUGGUUCUGCACUUUGCUUGCAUGGUUCCUCUGAAGUGAAAAAUGGAUGUGAUUUAAUAUCAAGAUACCUUUCAUUUGAUUCAGACUUGAUAAGAGCUUAUGGAGCAGUAGGCAUGAAGUAUGACAAGGAAAUAUUGUCAAUAGAGGAAAAAUCUGGUUCAUUUUACUUUUUCAUUCCUCAGGUUGAGUUGAGUGAAUAUGAUGGCUAUUCUGUGCUAUCAUCAACAAUCAUUUGGGAUCAUUCUGUAUCUCAUACAUUUGAGGAUUCAGUUUGUUUAUUUGAAUCUUGUUUUAAUCAGGUAUGUGGUAGCUACGAUUCUUCAGCUAGCAUCUGUUACGACAAUAUGAUGACAAGUUACAUUGGAGACUCAUAUUUAUUAGAGACUGGAAAUGCUCAGUUGGUAAAUCUUUCUGCAUAUCUUAACUACUUUGGUGACGAUAUUCAUCUCAAUUGGUCAACUUUCCAGGUAUACUUGGAUACCGAAGUCCUUGCCAAAGUAGAUGCCAAAACUAGCAUGCAAAAGGAGAAAUUUCUGACCUCCGAGAAGUCAUUUAUUUGCUUUUCAUCAGAAUUCCUAUUUUCUGCAAACGUGGACCUACGUUCACAAAUGUACAAAACCGAAUCUUUCAUUAGGAGCGGCUCUAAUAUCAAUUCAGCAUGGGCAUCUCUUAUAGUUGAAGAAUGUGUCAGGCUUGGUCUCACGUACUUCUGUAUAGCUCCAGGGUCAAGGUCAUCCCCACUUGCACUUUCUGCCACAGGCCAUCCUUUGACAACUUGCAUAUCAUGUUAUGACGAACGUUCACUUGGAUUUCAUGCUCUUGGCUAUGGGAGAGGUUCUAGAAAGCCCGCAGUAGUAAUUACAUCAUCAGGAACUGCUGUAUCGAAUCUUCUCCCUUCGGUGGUGGAGGCAAGUCAAGAUUUCAUACCCAUUCUAUUACUCACGGCUGAUCGUCCUCCUGAGCUGCAUGAUGCUGGAGCCAACCAAGCAAUUAAUCAGGUCAAUCAUUUUGGUAACUUUGUAAGAUAUUUUUUUAAUCUCCCUCCACCUGGUGAUCAGAUUUAUGCCAGAAUGGUUCUUACAACAGUUGAUUCAGCAGCGUACAAUGCAACACAAGCACCACAAGGUCCAGUGCAUAUAAACUGUGCUUUCAGAGAACCACUAGACCACAGCAGUCAAAAUUGGAGUUUUGAUUGUUUAAGAGGGUUGGACAGGUGGUUUAGAAAUGAUGAACCAUAUACUAGAUACCUAGGAAUGAAAAUGGUCUCUGCAUUUGGUAAUUAUUCUAGUUCUGUAGUAGAGGUUCUAGAUAUUAUAAAGAAGGCAAAGCAAGGGCUUCUGUUGGUUGGAGCUAUUCAUACAGAAGAUGACAUGUGGGCUGUGGCUUUACUAGCUAGGCACCUCUCCUGGCCAGUUGCCGCUGACAUUCUUUCUGGACUGCGAAUGAGGAAAGUACUAAAUUCAUUUCCAGGACUUGCUAAGAGAAUUUUGUUUAUAGAUCACAUAGACCAAAUUCUACUGUCAGAUUCUGUCAAAAGCUGGUUAAAUCCAGAUGUUAUCUUGCAGAUUGGAAGUCGCAUUACUAGCAAGCGCGUGGAAAUGUUCCUUGAGUCUUGCUUCCCAUCUUCUUACAUCUUGAUUGAUACACAUCCGUGCCGCCAUGAUCCUUCACAUGUUGUCACUCAUAGAAUCCAGACUAGUGUAGCUGAAUUUGCUGCUAGUUUGUGCCAAUUUAAUUUACAAAGGAAGACAAGCAGAUGGCAGGAUAUUUUGAUGGUCCUGAAUUCAGUGGUUUCACAGGAGAUUAUGUUUCAUGUACAUUCAGAGUUCUCACUUACAGAACCAUAUGUUGCUCAUGUAAUCGGAGAGGCACUUUAUGGUGAUGCUAUCAUGUUUAUUGGGAAUAGCAUGGUCAUUCGGGACUUGAACAUGUUCGGGAAGAGCUGGCUUGACCACACCACCAACGGUGGUAAUGCGAUGAUGCAUAAUUUUCCAGACUUUGUUGGUGCAACGGUGGCUGGGAACAGAGGAGCAAGUGGUAUCGACGGUUUGCUUAGCACAGCAAUUGGAUUUGCUGUUGGAUCAAACAAGCAUGUAUUCUGUGUGGUUGGUGACAUAUCUUUUCUUCAUGAUACGAAUGGAUUGUCACUUCUCAACCAAAGGGCCCAGAGGAAACCCAUGACUGUAAUUGUAAUCAACAACCACGGUGGUGCAAUCUUCAGCCUUCUACCAGUUGCAAAAACUACUUCCCCCGAAAUUUUGCAGAAAUUCUUUUACACCUCACAUGACAUAUCGAUUUCCAAACUCUGUGCUGCACACAGGGUGAACCAUUUUUUAGUUCAAACAAAAGCAGAACUUCAUGAUACCUUGGUGAAGACCCGUGCAGAACAUGUUGAUUGUGUGGUGGAAGUAGAGAACUGCAUUGAUGAAAAUGCCAACUUCCAUAGAAUUAUAAGUAUGUUUGCAGACAAUACUGCAACCCACUAUCUGGAUUAUCUUCUCAGAGAUCCAUAUUCCUGGACUUCGAGUGAUUUAGAUGACAUGCAUAUCAACAAAAUUCAUGCAAUGGAAUACAUGUUGUACAGAAUCCAGCUUUCUGCACCUCGUACUUCAGGGAUUUCAGAUAGCAGUUUUUUCCAUGAAGGCUUUAUUCUGAAGUUAUGUAUGGAUGACAGCAUUAUUGGAUUUGGUGAGGUUGCACCAAUUGAAAUUCAUGAGGAAGAGAUGAUAGAUGUUGAGGAGCAACUUAGGUUUCUCUUUCACAAAGUGAAAGAUUGCGAUCUAAAUAUUGUCCCUUUGUUGAGAGGGUCCUUCUCCAAUUGGAUAUGGGAAAGCCUUGGGAUUCCUCCUUCUUCGGUAUUUCCAAGUGUUAAGUGUGGCCUGGAGAUGGCCAUUCUUAAUUUGCUCGCGUCUCGGCAGAAGUGCAGAUUAUCUGAAAUUCUUACUGGUCCGAACCCCUUACUAAGAGAUCAAAGUUUGGUGGAAUAUAAUCGGAACAGCUCUGAAAGCAUACAAAUCUGUGCACUCUUAGACUCCAAUGAUACUCCAAUGGAGGUAGCACUUGCUGUGGCCAAACUUGUCGCUGAAGGCUUUACGACAGUGAAACUGAAGGUUGGGCGUCGUGAAAGUCCCACCGAAGAUGCAGCUGUUAUUCAAAAAAUAAGAGAAGUUGUAGGGUACAAUAUCAAUAUUCGUGCUGAUGCAAAUCGGAAAUGGACAUAUGAACAAGCAAUUGAAUUUGGAUCCAGGGUUAAAAGCCUUUGUUUGCAAUAUAUUGAGGAACCAGUGAGCUCUGUAAAUGAUCUCAUCGCGUUCUGUGAAACCAGUGGCUUACCUGUUGCCUUAGAUGAGAGUAUUGACGGCCUUAAGGGGGAUCCAAUCCAUAAGCUUCAUCAAUUUGUACAUCCAGGAAUAGUUGCUGUUGUUAUAAAACCUAGUAUUGUUGGCGGCUUUGAGAGUGCAGCUCAUAUAGCAAAAUGGGCUCACAUGCAUGAUAAGAUGGCUGUCAUCAGUAGUGCGUACGAGAGUUCUGUAGGUUUGGCAACCUAUAUACAGUUCGCAUACUAUGUCGACAGACAAAAUGACCUAGUCUCCAGAAUAAAGAAAAGUGAUUCAUGUGGAAGUGUGGCUCAUGGGCUUGGAACAUAUCAAUGGUUAAGAGAAGAUGUAUCAGAACAAAAGUUAAAAAUCCACAUUUCCCCGAUUGGUGAUGGAAUGAGAGCUUCUGUACAAGAUGCCAAUGGCUAUCUCCAGCACUUAAGUAUAAACAAUCAGAAGAUAGAAAGAACAUAUAGUGAAGAAAAACUAAGGUCAUAUUCUAUCCGAGUCGAUGGGGAUGAUUUUUCUUAUGUAGUUAGGCUUCAAGAGGCUGGCGAUUGUACAAAUGAUAAGAUUGUUCUUUUUCUUCAUGGAUUUCUUGGCACAAGUGAAGACUGGACUCCCAUGAUGAAAGCGCUCUCUCCCAGUGCACGGGUCAUUUCUGUUGAUCUUCCUGGGCAUGGGAGGUCCCAAAUUCUGCAGCAUGAUGGUGUAAAUUCCAGUCAAUUGUCUUUUACAAUUCAAUCAGUUGCAGAUUUGUUGUUGAAGUUGAUAUGCAGGAUAACUGAUGGAGAGGUGGUUGUUGUUGGCUACUCAAUGGGUGCAAGGAUUGCGCUCCACAUGGCACUAAAUCAAAAUAAUAAGGUUAGUGGAGCUGUUUUGAUAUCGGGAAAUCCUGGAUUGAGACAUGAAGUAAGUAGAAGACGCCGUGCUGCUAUUGAUAAAUCAAGAGCUCAACUCCUGCUGUCUUAUGGACUGGAAUGUUUUCUCGAGACAUGGUACUCCGGAAAAAUGUGGGCCAGUCUAAGAGAACACCCACAAUUUGAUUCCCUAGUGAGGACACGAAGAAAACACGGUAACAUCAAAGAUCUAUCUAAAGUUCUUGCUGACUCAAGCAUAGGGAUACAAAAGUCCCUGUGGGAAGACCUGAAACACAUGGAGAGGCCUCUCCUCAUCGUUGCAGGUGAGAAGGACCUAAAAUUCAAAGAGAUCGCGGGGCAAAUGUGCAGGGAAAUCAGAAUGUGUGAGGAAUGUGAAGCUGAUUGUGGUAACAGGCAGGAGCUAUGUGAAAUGAUCAUUGUUCCGGAAAGUGGCCAUGCCGUGCACGUUGAGAACCCUCUUUAUCUAGUUAGAGCCGUGAGGAAGUUCUUGCUGAAGCUACUCUAACGCCUCUAGCUAACUUCUUUUGGGGGCUGAACGAUAAGCUCGGGAAGCUGCCUCACAACCAACUGUGGGUUGGGGCUAGCUUAAAGAAUAAGCCGGGAAGAAGCUAUCUAUUCUUUUGGGUUUCUGCUUUCUGGGCCCUAUAAGCUGCUCUAGUAGCUGACAAAAGGGGGCUUUGGUAGUAUCGGCAGAUUACAGAAUGACAGAUCUACGAUGGAGUUGUUCUCGGAGUCUGGAUCUUUUUGAUGUACCAGCCAGACAGAAUGGAGGGAUUAAGUAAGGCGAAAUUUUUGAAUUACUGGAGUACUAUGGUGCUAUCCUGUCACUCCGGAUUAACUUACUGUGGAUGGAGCAGGUAACAUUCUGCAAUUCCUGGAUCUCGAGUUAAUGCGCACUCUUGGGGCGCGUAAAUCUCUGCUUAUGUUAGAUUUAUUUUUUCUCAGAUGCUGUAAAGAUGGCAUCUGGUUAGUCAAAGUAACGACUCGGGCAGUUGCAUCCAUUUAGAAUUGGUUGCAUCAAGUUGUCUUAUUUUUAAUUGGAAUGCUGAUCUCCUGUGUGAUCAAAAUAACCUAUCACGACAUUUGCAACUUCAGUGGCUA